AUGAACUAUCUUGUAGGGCAGGAUCUUGAUGGUGUUCUUCCACCCUCACUUUCGAAGCCAUUAUAUAUUAAUACAGUAAUACUCCAUAGGAUCUAUCUUAAGGGUAUAAUACCACAUGAAUGGGCUGCUUUGAAGUUGGAGACAUUGAGCCUCGAAAACAACCAGUUUUCUGGAACUAUUCCUCCUGAGUUUGGGAGAUUGGUUAACCUGGAAUAUCUUACUCUUAAUGCUAACUAUCUCACUGGAAAGUUCCCCUCGUCCCUUGCUAAUCUAAGGAUUAGCAGUAACAAUUUCACUGGAAAGAUACCCAACAUUUUUCGAAGUUGGAAGCAACUUGAGAAAUUAGAGAUUCAAGUUAGUGGUUUUGAAGGGCCAAUUCCUUCAAGCUUGGCACUCUUGCAUAACUUAGUGGAACUAAGGAUCAGUGACUUACCUGGAGAGGGUUCAAAGUUUCCGAACUUAAAAAAUAUGAAAAACAUGUACAGAUUGAUGUUCCGUAGCUGCAACGUAUCUGGAACAAUACCUGAUUACAUAUGGGAAUUUCCACAAAUGCAAAUUUUGGCUAAACCUGAUCUUAGCUACAAGUUUGUGCGGAAAAGUGUUGUAGUUGGCUAUCGUUUAUGCAUUUUGAUAAGUUUUCAUGUCUCAUUGCUUUUGAAGAAUUUACACAAUAUUUUCCCAGAAGCUUAUUUGGUGAAAAUAAUCCUACAAUUUACUGAAAAUAUUCCCAUUUUGCUUGCUGCAACCAAUUGCCAAGAACUUGAGGUGCAUCAUGCUCAUAAGCUGGUAUUGUACUCUUUGCAUGUCUACCGGCUUCUCAAGAGGUUUUGGUUUGGACCUAGCAAGAUGCACCUUAGGUUGACAAAUCCUUGUGGAGCCGAUGGGUAUCCAAAGAGGACAAUACUGGCCUAUGGGCACAAUGCCGGUAUGGCAUGGACUAGGAAAGUGGUAAUACCUUGCCGGUUGGCAGAGAUCUUAGCUUCAACAAAUUGGAAGGUACCUGACAAAAACUCUCUUGCUGGCCACAUUCCAGAAUGGAUGAGUAUUAGAGAUAGCCACUACCAGAUAGAUCUUUCUUAUAACAAUUUUUCUGAAAGCCAUCAGUCGCUUUCUUGUCGGGAAAAUCUAAAUUUGUUCCAAAGCUUUUCAGGAGGCAAAAACUUAGGACCAGAUAACUGCCUGAAGAACUUGCCUUGUUCGAAAGAUUGGUGUUCAGUAAAUAUAAAUUGUGGUGGAGGAGCAACAACUAUUAAUGGAGUCGACUAUGAGGCAGAUGAAGACUUAGGAGGUCGAGCAAAAUAUGUUCCACUCAAAGAGACUUGGGAAACUAGUAGCACUGGGCUUUUCUGGGAUACCACUCCUACUUCAGUGGACUUUAUAGCUCGAAAUGUUUCUGUUUUCAGAACAAACAACUCCAAAUUAUAUACAAGAGCACGCCUUUCUCCUCUUUCUCUCACGUAUUACUUCCGUUGCUUAGCAAAUGAAAAUUAUACGGUUACACUUCACUUUGCAGAGAUAGUUAUCAGAGACAAUAGAUCCUAUCAAAGUCUUAGAAGGAGGAUAUUUGAUGUUUAUGUCCAGGAGAAACUUGAGUUAAAAGAUUUCAAUAUUAAAAAUGAGGAAAAGGGGGUUGAUAAAGCAGUCAUAAGGAAAUUUAAAACUGUUGUGAGGAACAAAACUUUGACAAUACGCUUUCACUGGGCUGGGAAGGGGACUGCUGCAAUCCCAAGAAGAGGAACAUAUGGUCCCUUGAUAUCAGCAAUGUCAGUAGACUCUGAUCACAAGCCUCGAGUUCUCAAUGCAUGGGAAAAGAAUUUGAAGUUUUUAGUGGGAGCUGUUGUUUCUGUUCUGUGCCUGAUUUUAGUAAUCUUGGGUAUUCUAUGGUGGAAUGGCUAUUUUCGACCCAAGCCAUCAAGGGAACAAGUCUUGAGGGGGUUAGAUCUGCAGACUGGCUUUUUUACCUUUAUACAAAUGAGAGCUGCUACGAACAACUUUGACGCUGCAAAUAAAAUUGGAGAAGGUGGUUUUGGAGCAGGCUACAAGGAUUACAACACCCGAAUUUUGUUAGAUUGUAUGGAUGUUGCGUUGAGGGAACUCAGCUGUCAUUGGUCCUCAAGAAAGCCAGCUGAUAUUGGCUGGCCUACUAGGCAGAAAAUUUGUCUUGACAUAGCAAAAGGUCUAGCUUUCCUGCACGAAGAAUCGAGUUUAACAAUUGCACAUCGAGACAUCAAAACUACCAAUGUGCUACUUGAUAGCAAUCUCAAUGCUAAGAUCUCCGACUUCGGUUUGGCCAAGUUUGAUGAAGGGGAAAACACCCAUAUUAGCACCAGAAUUGCUGGAACUACGUGA